AUGGCUGCCAACAACGACAACACUUCCACCCUCAAGUCGUACAUCGACUCUGCCUCGGGCGCUGCCCAGAACCUCCUCGGUACCCUCACCGGCAGCACUGCCGACCAGAACAAGGGCGAGGAUAAGCAGGAUAAGGCACAACUUGAGCACGAUGCCUCCCACGCUACUGCUAAAAUUCCCGGCUUCACUGCUACCGCCCAAGGCGUGAGCAAGGACGAUCCCGACCGCGCUGGCGGCUCAUGGAAUCAGACCGUUGGCUCUGCUAAGGAGACUGUCGGUGGUCUCAUUGGCUCCGAGAACUUGAAGCAGCAAGGUCGUGAACAAAAUCUUGAGGGUCAGCAACAGGAGGCUAAGGGCCAGCUCAACGAUUAUACCUCUGGGAUCGGCAACCGUGUCCAGGGCACCAUCGGUGGUGCUGUCGCUGGUCUCACUGGCGACAAGGCCGGUCAGAAGCACUAUGAGGGUCUGCACGACACUGGCAAGACUCAGCAGCGCGGUGCCGAGUAUGACAUUCAGAAGCAGGCGGAGGCCAGACAGCACUAA